GCGGAGCUGAGCUGAGGGUGGUCCGGGUCGGGGUCGGGCUAACAAGCGGCGGGCGGGGCCGAGCUGAAGCAGGCUGGGCCCGGUUGACAGGCUGCGUUCAUCCAGCGGACGGCGCUCUCCUGCCACCGGCUCCAGCGCCUCAGUGAGCUGAUCUCCGCCGCCCAUGCAGAUGGUCACUGCGGCCGCGACCUGUAGCAUGAGCCGGGCGUUGGGGUAACGGGGGCCGCCGACCCUCUCUCCACUCUCUCGCCUCCGACACAAUCAUCACAGCCGCCGCGGGCACGGAGUUGCCGUCUCUGUCUGCCCGGGAAACCUCUUUAUUAUUUUUGUUUUGGAACAAUUAACAAGAUGGGGAGAAUACAGACGAGAGAAGCAGCAAUUUGGCAGCAGACCAAAGCACUUCUCUACAGAAACUUCCUCAUCAAGUGGCGGAACAAGGAUCAGACCUUGCAGGAGUUGCUGUUGCCGCUCUUUUUAGUUUUUGCCUUGGUUUGUUUAAGUGAACUGGUACCUCCACAAUGGUACUCCAAGACACGAACGAGUGAACCAGAGGAUCUGAAUGACUUUGUACCCCACAAGUACAGACUUGGAUAUACACCAGUGAACAACCGCACCACUGAAAUCAUGGCAGAAGUUGCCAGACUCCUUUUUAGAGAUAAGGCACCUCUUGGCUUCAGUAAUGAGCAGAAAAUGGAGGAGGCUUGCUGUUCGCAUGAUUUAACUCCACUUAUCGGCAUUUCCUUCAUCAGUCCUUUGAUUCAUCAGCAUCCUUUGAUCCAUCAGUAUCAACUUCGUUUUCCCUAUUAUGUAGUUCCAAGCACUACAGAAAAGAUUGACUACAUUGAUGAGAAAGCAAGUUGUCGUUUGGAUUCUGCCUCAUUGGGUCAGCUGACAGACUGCCCUGGCGCCAUGUACCUGUUGUCAGGGUUUGCCACCAUUCAAAAAUAUGUUGAUGUCGCUAUUAUUAAGACACAAACCAACUAUACCGUAUGGGAGGAUAUCAUGCCUCUGCAAGUACAGAUGAUGGGGUUACCAAGUCACAUUGGUGCAGACAUAUUUUCCCAUCUUGUCACUUCACUCUACUUUGUUAUUGCUUUUGUGCCAUUUGUCAAUUUUCUGCUGAUUAAUCUUGUAACAGAGAAAAAGGAGGUGAAAGAGGUGAUGAAGGUGAUGGGCCUAUAUGACUCUGCUUUCUGGCUAUCGUGGGGCUUCUUGUACAUGAUUUUAAUCUUCAUCUUGUCUUUGGUGAUGGCAAUCAUUGCUACCCUGACAUCUCUGUUUCCAAGAAGCAGCAUACUGAUCAUCUUUCCUUUGUUGUUUCUCUUUGGAAUAUCUAUUAUUCCCUUUUCAUUCCUGCUGACUCCACUUUUUAAAAACCAGAAGGUUGCUGGCUUAGUUGGAUCCCUGCUGCUGAUGGGGUUUGGGUUAUUUAGCCUGCUGACUGUGCUGGUCAGAGAUUUUCCCGUGUCCGCAGUGUGGCUGCUUUGUCUGUUCUCCCCGAGUGCCUUCGGCAUUGGAAUCUCACAGGUUGUUCUUCUUGAAGCCCUUGGUGAAGGUGCUCAGUUCUCGAAUCUGUCAGCCAGCCCAUUCCCCUUGUACAUCCCUUUCUUCAUGCUGAUCUUCGACAGUUUCCUGUAUUUGGUUAUUGCGGUAUACCUUGAUCAAGUCGUCCCGGGUGAAUUUGGGCAACGCCAGCCUCUUUUCUAUUUUCUUCGGCCUGCUUACUGGCUCCGUAAAGAUAAACGGUACCUUCAAAUUGAUCGUGAAAAUGAAUUUGGCCAAGGAUCUGCAUUCAGUGAGGUGGUGGAAGCAGUGCCUGCAGAGUUUAAAGGAAAAGAAGCAAUCAGGUUGAAUGAUGUUCACAAGUUGUAUAAGGGAAAGGAGAAGAAGGUGGAAGCUCUGAAAGGUUUGUCGUUUGAUAUCUAUCAAGAUCAGAUUACGGCACUGUUAGGCCACAGCGGAACUGGAAAGACAACCUUGAUUAACAUUCUCUCAGGGCUGUGUCCUCUCUCAGAUGGAAGUGCAACCGUGUAUGGAUACAGAGUUUCUGAAUUAGAUGAAUUAAUUCAAAUUAGAAAGAUGAUUGGUGUUUGCCCACAAUUUGAUGUCCUGUUCUACAGUCUUACAGUGAAGGAACAUUUGAAAAUAGUUGCGAUGAUAAAGGGAAUUGCAGCAAAAGAGGUUGAUAAAGAGGUUAUGAAUGUCAUUAAAGAACUGGAUAUGGAAGCAAUUAUGGAUAUUCGUGCUGAAAAACUCAGCGGUGGGCAAAAGAGGAAGCUCUCAAUGGGAAUCGCCAUUUUGGGGGAUCCUAAGGUUUUAAUUCUUGACGAACCAACUGCGGGGAUGGACCCAUGUUCUCGGCAGCAGGUCUGGGCCUUGCUGAAGAAAAGGAAAGCAGGAAGAGUGAUACUUCUGACCACUCAUUUCAUUGAUGAAGCUGAUAUUCUGGCAGAUCGUAAAGCUGUCAUCUCACAAGGGCAACUUAAAUGUGUUGGCUCCUCGCUGUUCUUAAAAGCAAAGUUUGGUGUCGGUUACAAUCUCAGAAUGGCUGUGAAUGAAUCCUGCUAUUCUGAUAAAGUGACGUCGUUAAUUAAGCACCACAUCCCAAAAGCCGAGUUUUCACAGCUGCAUGAUCUGGAACUAGCCUAUGUCCUACCUCUUCAGGAUGUUAACAAGUUUGCAGGGCUAUUUGAAGAUUUGGACAGCCGUACCAAUCUGGGAAUCAACAGCUAUGGCGUGUCCAUGACUUCUUUAGAAGAGGUUUUCUUGAAAUUAGAAUCAGAAUCUGAAAUGGAUCAAACAGAUUACACAGUUUUUACCAGGGAUCCAGCGCCUGAUGUGAUAGCAAACGAAGAGGAUGUUUGCAUUGAUUCAAUUGAUCAUCAACUCCUGACCUUUCCCGAAACAAAUUCAGCAAUGUUGUCCGGCAUUGCUCUGUGGGAACAGCAGUUCCGCACCGUAACCUGGUUACGUUUUAUGAAUUUUAGUCGAGAACGCAGUACACUUCUUUACAUCCUUUACAUUAUUGGCCUUUUAAUAUCCAUCGUGGUUAUGAUGGCGUUAAUAAAUGGUACACUUAGUAGGAAGGAUAUUGAGGUGGAGCUCUCCCCAGAGUUGAUUCAUCUGCAACGAGGUCAAAAACCACUCAAGCAUACCACAAGCCUCCUCCUGAAAAACUCCACAGGCGGUAGUAUUGAUAAACUUAUCCAUGGUUUGGAAGCUCAGAAAGUGAAGGUGGAGUUGUACAAUAAGGGUAACUUCACAGAUGCCACUCCACACAACGCAGCAUUAAACGUGUCUCUAGCAGAAGAGGGGCAAUAUGCAUUCACUGCAGUGUUCAACAGCACCAUGGUCCAUUCGCUGCCUGUCUUGAUCAACUUGAUCAGUAAUGCUGUCCUCAUUAGUGUGAAUGGAUCUGAGAGAAUUCGAACCUGGAGCAAGCCAUUCCACUUAACGCUGACUGACACUGACUUUAAGGAGAAGGUUUAUAUGGCCUUGGCAGUGUUGGGAUUCCUUUCAGUGGCAUUGCCCGGGUGUUACACCAUGGAUAAUUCACGAGACCGUGAGAUUAAAUCUCGCUCUCUGCUCCGGAUAUCUGGUCUGUUUCCUUCUGCCUACUGGUGUGGCUAUGCAUUGGUGGAUAUCCCCGUGUAUUUCAUCUUGCUUGUGUUCAUGCUUGGCUUUGUGAUUGCAUUUAAUUCCACAUUCUUGUUUCAUCUGGGUGCUAUAAUUUCAAUGAUGCUGUGUCUGAUUGGCUGGGCCCCAGCGAUGACCCUCUUCUGCUAUGCUUAUUCCUUCAGGUUUGAUCGGAUACAGUCUUCUCGAGACUUUUUUAUGAUCUCUUCAGUCAUGAUCAACAUAGCUUCAGUCAGUCUAGUGUUCAUAGUCCGGCUCAUACUGAAAGAGACUGCUGCCACUAUACUGCACUGCAUAUUCUCUGUCUUUAUUCCUCCUUAUGUAAUUACAGGAUGCUUAUACUUCACAGCCAAAGUAUUUCUGGAUCAUAAGGAUGAGCCCAACCCAACAUUAGGAACCUACCUGCAAUGGGAAAAUAAUAUCCUGAUAACUAUCAUCUCACCGUACAUUCAGUGUAUAGUUCUACUAUUUGUACUACGGCGACUAGAACAGAUUCAUGGAGGAAAAGCAAUUCGAGCAGAUAAAUGUUGCAGAAUUCUUCCUUCAAAAAGGAAAUUCAAACUCAACACAGAAGAACCCGAGAAUGAGGAUGAUGAUGUCAAAGCGGAGAGGGCGAGGGUUCGAGAGGCUUUAACCUGUCAGAGCUGCGAGGAGAAACCAGCGAUUGUGGUCAAUAAAAUGCGUAAAGUUUACUCGGGAAAGCUGCAGACCUGCAAAUGGUUUUCAAAGAAAAAAAGUAAAAACACUGUGGCAAUCAAAAAUGUUUCCUUUUGUGUAAGGAAAGGUGAGGUUCUGGGAUUACUGGGCCCAAAUGGUGCUGGGAAAAGCACUACGAUAUCCGUGUUAACGGGAGACCUGGAACCAUCCGCCGGUCAGGUGCUGAUGGGUGAUUAUUCAGCUGAUGGUUUGCAGAGAGAAAGCUCUGCAGAGACCAUUGGCUAUUGUGCACAGAUAAACCCACUCUGGUCUAAGAUUACUGUGCAAGAACAUAUGGAGAUAUAUGCAGCUAUCAAAGGACUUACUAAAGAAGAUGCAGCAAGUGCUAUUAAACGCAUUGUAAAAGCACUUGAACUGAGGGAGCAUCUUCAUAAACCAACAAAGCAAGUCUCCACUGGAAUAAAGAGAAAAUUGUGCUUUGCACUGUGUAUGCUGGGCAAUCCUCAGAUUGUGUUAAUGGAUGAACCAUCCACUGGUAUGGAUCCUAAAGCUAAACAGUUCAUGUGGAGAGCAAUUCGUGCUGCGUUUAAGGACAGACAGCGCGGCGCUAUUCUCACCACCCACUACAUGGAGGAAGCUGAGGCUCUCUGUGACCGCGUGGCAAUCAUGGUGUCGGGACAACUGCGGUGUAUUGGCUCCAUUCAGCAUUUAAAGAGCAAAUAUGGUGGUGGAUAUACACUGGAAAUGAAACUGAAAGAUGAGACAAAUGAAUCGCAACUAAAAUCUCAGCUUCAUGCAAAAAUAAUGCAGAUCUUUCCCCAUGCUUCUCAACAAGAAAGUUUUGUUGCAAUGAUGGCGUACAAAAUUCCCAAAGACGAUGUAAACUCUCUAUCAAAAGCAUUUGCUCAACUUGAAGAAGCUAAACACAGUUAUAACAUAGAAGAAUAUAGUUUCUCACAGUCAACACUGGAACAGGUUUUUAUGCAGUUCGCAAAAGAACAAGAAAAUAAUGAAGAGGAUUAUAAAGUUCUGAAUACAAGCUUUCGGUGGCAACAACUUCAACAAAACGAGUGUUAAAAUGAUUCAGAGUUGCUCUUCUGCCUUAUGACAAGAAAACCUCUUUAUGGUAUUAGGUUGAUGUUUAUUAAAUUAAAUUUCCUGAUUGUUGAAGCCAAGAACAUUUGGGAUGACGAAUACUGCACCAGCGAAGGCAUGCAAUCAAAACAAUCGUUUCAGAUGUCUGGCAAGUAAUAUUCAUUCUGUCCAUGUGAUGCAGACACAAGGCGGCCGCAAAAGAAAAUAUACUGCUACAUCAAAAAACUCUGAACCUGGAAGUGCUUUAUUUAUUUAAAUUUAAGCGGAGUUAAGAUCUUAAUACAUUUAUAUCUGACAACCUGCAUGUUUA